AAACGCCGCUGGCCCUCGCCGGCCGCCGUCGCUGGCGGGGAGCUGGGCACGGGCGCGGCAGGAGAGUUCGCGGAAGUGCAGUUUGUAGGAGGUCAUCGUGGGGUCUCUAGAAAAUCAGCCCACAGGUCCCAGCUCUGGGAGCAAAAUCCAUCAAGCGAAGCAAGGAGCGGGUCUCAGGACCUGCGUGCGGUCAUUUGUGGGGACACCACUGACCAGAGACCAAGAUUUCUAACCAGGAAUUUAGGGCAAUGCAAGGAGAAACUAGAGACACAGCGUCCCCGUUACUGGCUGUUUUCCAAUAACAGAAGAAAAUGAUUAAAGACCAGGAAUCGCUGACACUGGAGGAUGUGGCUGUGGACUUCACCCAGGAGGAGUGGCGGCUCCUGGCCCCCGCCCAGAAGGACCUGUACCGGGACGUGAUGCUGGAGAACUUCAGGAACCUGGUGUCAGUGGACCACGGCCCAGUUCACAGAGCCUGCCUCUUCUGUCGUUUCCCACGAACAGGGUAUGUGGCCAGCAUGCCGGCUGCACUCUCCAGACUGGAACGAGGGGGACGGUGGAUGACAGAAGAUGAAACCCGCCGUUGGAUCUGUCCAGAGAUCAAGAAAGAUGGUGGCCAUCUACAAGGGCACUUGCAAAAUCAAAGAUGUCCAAAGAGAAUGAAACAAUGCCAUGAACAUAAUGCAUUUGGAAACAUUGUUCAUCGGAGUAAAAGUAAUUUUCCUGUAAGGCAAAGUCAUGACAUCUUUGACUUACAUGGGAAAACACUGAAGUCAAAUUUAAGUUCAGUUAACUGGAACAGAAGCUAUGAAGUAAAGAACCUGACUGAGGUUAAUGGGGAUAUGAAAUCCUUUUCCCAUACAAAGCAUGACCAGUAUUGUAUUGAAAUUAAAUUUCCUGAAUGUGGAAGUUCUGCAAAUACAAAUUCCCAAUUCAUCAAGCAUCAGAGAACUCAAAAGACAGAGAAACCCCAUGUAUGCAGUGAGUGUGGAAAAGGCUUCUUCAAGAAGUCUCGGCUCACGGAUCAUCAGAGAGUGCACACAGGAGAGAAGCCUCAUGGAUGCAGCAUAUGCGGCAAAGCCUUUUCCAGAAAGUCCAGGCUCACCGAACACCAGAAAACUCACAUAGGAGAGAGGCGGUACGCAUGCACUGAAUGUGACAGAUCAUUCCCCAAGAAAUCACGGCUCCUUGUGCAUCAGAAAACUCACACAGGAGAGAAACCCUAUGUAUGCAGUGAGUGCGGAAAAGGCUUCUUCAAGAAGUCUCGGCUCAUUAACCAUCAGAGAGUUCACACGGGAGAGAAGCCCCAUGGAUGCAGUCUGUGUGACAAGGCAUUUUCCAGAAAGUCCAGGCUCAUUGAACACCAGAGAACUCACACAGGAGAAAAACCUUACGAAUGCACCCAAUGUGACAAAACGUUCCGCUGGAAGUCGCAGCUCAACGCCCAUCAGAAGACUCAUACAGGAGAGAAACCGUAUGUAUGCAGUGAUUGUGGGAAAGGCUUCAUUCAGAAAGGCAAUCUCAUUGUACACCAGCGGACGCACACUGGGGAGAAACCUUACGUCUGCAGUGACUGUGGAAAAGGCUUCAUUCAGAAGGGCAAUCUCCUUAAACAUCAACGCAUUCACACUGGAGAGAAACCCUAUGUAUGCACCGAAUGUGGGAAAGGCUUUAGCCAGAAGACCUGCCUCAUAUCCCAUCAGCGGUUUCACACUGGAAAGACGCCCUUUGUGUGUAGUGAGUGUGGAAAAUCCUGUUCCCACAAGUCCGGUCUCAUUAACCACAGGAGGAUUCACACAGGAGAGAAACCCUAUACCUGCGGUGACUGCGGGAAGGCCUUUAGAGAUAAGUCGUGCCUUAACAGACACCGGAGGACUCAUACAGGAGAGAGGCCCUACAGGUGCACUGACUGUGGGAAGGCUUUCUCCCACCUGUCUUGCCUCGUUUACCAUAAGGGAAUGUUGCACGCAAGAGAGAAAGGUGUACGUCCAGUCUCGGUGGGGAAUCCUUUCUCAGAGAGCCACAGCCCGUCACGUUCAAGUGAUAGCACGCAGGAGAAAGACCCUGUUAAUAAGGUGUCCAGGCCAAUGCCUUCUGUAGCGGCUCAGACUUCGUUACGCCUCUGUGGGCUCCUAGCAAAUAGGAACACAGCCACGGUGGGACAGCCAGGUGCUAGAUGUGCACCACCAGCAGAUAACCGAGUUUGCACAGGGAAACCUGUUGAAUGCAGUGAAUGUGGUGCUGCCUUCACCGACCAGUUGCGUCAUAGUUUAUGUCCCAAAAAGCACACAGGCAUAAAGUGUGAUACAAUCUAGGUGGAAAGCCCUUGAAUAAAACCUGCCAGGUCAGUGUGUGGCUGACAGGCGUAUACUGAGACGCAUAGUGUAAAGCCUGGGAAUAGUAUAAAAAGACAAAUAGAAUAAAGAUCCAGAAAGCCUUUGUGGAAAGAUAGAGCCUGCCUGGUGUCUCACGGGUCCCAUAUCAGCAGUGAGCUCAUAGCUGGUAGAAAUAUAAUGACUGUGGGAAAGUCCUUCCCCAGAGAGAAGACCUCACUAGGUGCCAGACGGUUCCCACAGGAGAGAAACUGUUGGAAGAGCUUUGAAGGCAGUACUGUGGCAGGACUGUCACUGAAGCAUCCUCAGGCUGGGGAAAUCCUACAGAAAAAAAGGACUCUGAGCACACCAACUGUGGAACGUCUUCAGCAAAAUAGCAGCAAACACAUCCAGCGAAUACGCCCUGUGAAAGUGAAUAUUUCAGAGAUUUCUGCCAGAAGUCUAGCCUCAUUCCACACCGUGCACAUUUCAGGACAAUAUACCUUGAAUCAGACUCCUAAUUGAUGUGAUGGUGACUCCUUAAUUCAAAGGAGGUGGUAGAUGGUGCACAUCAGUGGUUAGAACUAUAACCGUGCACCCCCCCUUUUCUGGGGGGCGCAUGAAUCUUUCAUUCCCACCCAGGAUCAGUAUUUGGUUAGCUCCUGUAUUAUUUUGGUUCUAAAUUUAUUCAGUUAAUUUUAGACCACUGAAGUCCUUCAAAAGGAAGCUGAAUACAUUUAAUUCAGUGUUGUACCGUGGCAUAUUUGGAUGCCUUUGACUUUGUAAAUAUCCCCCAAAGGAACAACUACUCGGAACUCCUGAAUAACCUAUCCGUCAAGUUCUUUGCCUAGAAGACAGUUCCCAGCCGGUACACACACCGCUCAGAAAACCUUUCAUUAGCUAUUUCCUUACAUGAUCUACAGAUGCUGACAGUAGUGAACUAAAUAAGAAUCCUUGCUGCCUUUGAAGUGUUUUUUUUUUCUUUUUAAACUGAAUUACAUGCAUAUAGCACUUUGACCUUCUAGCACAUGUAAUCAGAGGAUAGAUACACCUACAUUAGUUGAAAGGGACAUAAGGUAAAAGGUACAAAGUAUCAUGGUAAUUUCUUGCUGGAGGGGCAUGUUAUUAUUUGGACAGGGAUGGGGAAAAGAUUCAGUUGGUUUUACAUGUGUAAAAUAGGAUGUGGAUACUUUGUUAAAAGAUACUAUCUUUCUACCUGGAUUAUAAAUCCCUACCCAGAUAGUUUAUAGAUUUUCGCAUAUU